GAACAAGGUAUACUAUAUCUAACAUUAGCAGGCAGAAAAAAAAAAAAAAACUCUCUCUUGUAUUGUAAGAAAACAAGUGUAGUUGUGGUGAUGUCAUGUUAUCUGAUCUUGUUCAUAAUAAUUGAUAGAUAAGAUAAUAAUUUUAGACAGCCUUAUGAAUCACGUGUGCUUAUUUAUGGUCCAUUGGUCAAAUGAGUUGCACAAAAAAAAAGCUCACUUUUAUGCAGAGUUAUAUACAUAACAAAACCUUCUUCCAAACUGGAGAAAGGCUUAUCAGGGCAAUAUAAAUUGUUCUCAGCUUCAGCAGGUUGCCUGUUCUCACUGGUUGCUUCUGCGAAUUCGAACUCUGGCAUAUCAGGGUGGCAAGUGGCAACACUAUGGAGCCGAGCAAGAAGCAAGAAAAGACAAAUGGUUUAAGAAACCACAACAAAGUUAGAAGAGAUGCAGUUGACUUGUGUGACACAGAGAUUUCCAAGCAGCAGCAGUGUAAUCCUCUUCCUCUUGUUAGUGCAUUGAAGACUAAAGCUCAACAAAACGCGGCCACUUUUCACUUUCCCGGUCACAACAGAGGUCGUGGUGCCCCAUCUUCAUUAACUCAACUCAUUGGUCUCAAACCAUUUAUUCACGAUCUGGCUGCGAUUCCAGAGCUUGACAACCUGACUUAUCCGCACGGCCCCAUUUUAGAUGCACAAAAGGAAGCAGCCAAGCUUUUUGGGGCGUUGGAGACAUGGUUUCUUGUUGGUGGGACCACCUGUGGAAUCCAUGCUGCAAUUAUGGCUACAUGUUCACCGGGAGAUUAUCUAAUUAUUCCCCGGAAUUGUCAUUUAUCAGCCACAUCUGCUAUGGUCUUAUCUGGUGCCAUACCUAAGUACAUCAUACCUGAAUAUGAUGUUGAAUGGGAUAUUGCAGUUGGGGUCCUUCCAUCACAGGUGGAGAAGGCAAUUGAGGAACUGGAGAAGGAAGGUCGAAAACCGGCUGCAGUCUUUGUGACUUCUCCUACUUAUCAUGGAAUAUGCAGCAACAUAAGUGAGAUAUCCCAGUUGUGCCAUUCUCAUGGAAUUCCUCUAAUCGUGGAUGAGGCUCACGGGGCUCAUCUCGGGUUUCAUCCUCACAUGCCUAACUCAGCACUUCAGCAAGGGGCUGAUUUGGCUGUUCAAUCAACUCACAAAGUUCUUUGCUCUAUGACACAAUCAUCAAUGCUGCACAUGUCAGGAAAUCUUGUAGAUAGCGAAAAAGUCUCUAGAUGCCUUCGAGUGCUACAAAGCACUAGUCCUAGUUAUCUUCUUCUAGCAUCUUUAGAUGCAGCUAGGCAUCAACUUACUGAAAACCCAGAAGCCUUAUUUGACAAAGCACUUGAAAUAGUUGCUGAGGCUAAGAACGCAAUAAGAACACUUCCCGGCAUUUCCAUACUCAACUCUCAGAGUUUCCCAGAGUUCCCAGCUGUGGAUCCAUUAAGGCUCACCAUUGGUUUUAAACAGCUGAACAUGUCUGGUUGUGAGGCAGAUGAAAUUUUGUACAGAGAUAAUGAGAUUAUCUGUGAGCUUUUUGGAACCACAUCUAUUACUUAUGCAUUUAAUCUUGGAACUUGUAAGGAACAUGUUGAGAGGUUAGUGUUUGGCCUAAAGAAUAUAGUGUCAUCUGCAGCACUGACUGAGGGCACUGUAAAGAAGGUGGGACAUGGUGUGUCUGCACCUUUUGCUGAUUUUACUAUAAGCCUAAUUCCCAGAGAUGCCUUUUUUAAAAGUAAAAGGAAAGUAAGCAUUGAAAACUGCCUUGGGGAAGUUUGUGGGGAGCUCAUAUGUCCAUACCCACCAGGAAUUCCAGUGCUGAUACCUGGUGAGACUAUUACACAAAGUGCUUUGGAUUAUCUUUUUGAUGUUAGAAGUAAGGGUGCUAUCAUCAAUGGUGCUUCAGAUCCUCAACUCUCUUCCAUACUUGUCUGCAACAAGUAGAGCACAUUUGGGUUCAAGUUCAGCUUUGUUGUCAAUGUUAAUGUCCAAUUCCAACUUAGUCUGGCUGGUGUGAAAGUUAUUGAUUAUACAUUGUGUAUGAUAUUUCAGAAAAUUUCUGAUUUUAAGGCCUCUAAAUAUGUUGAGUUGUCCUUAACUAGUCCUUACAAAUAUCUGAAAUAUAUAUUUUUGCAUACAUAGCAAAGUGAGCCCAAU